AUGAGUAGCACAACUACAGAACAGAAACAAGUUCAAACUUCACCAGACACAGACCUGGCCAACAGUAAAACCAAAAUGAUGGAUAAGGACAAAGUUCUACUGCAGUCAAAGAAAGAGAAGACAGAAAUAAAAUCGCAAAAUUGCCUGCAAAGCAAUGUUGGUGCAGUCAGUGGCACCCUGCACUAUGGGAAGCCUACUAAUCUGAUUGACGAUGAUGAGCAUUUAGAGUCAACUGAUGAGAACUUGGAGCGAGGCAAUUGGGCCUUGAAAGCUGACUACUUGCUCUCAGUGGUUGGCUACGCUGUGGGACUGGGCAAUGUCUGGAGAUUCCCUUUCCUGGUUUACAAAAAUGGUGGAGGUGCUUUUCUUAUUCCCUACUUAAUCAUGCUGUCUCUUGCUGGGUUGCCAAUGUUUUUUAUGGAAUCUUCCUUGGGGCAGUUUGCCAGCCUUGGACCUCCUCAAGUGUGGAAAGUUGUGCCCAUCCUACAAGGUGUGGGUAUCCUAAUGUUUCUUGUGUCAGCAUUUCAAGGCCUUUACUCCAAUUGCAUCAUCAGCUACUGCCUAUUCUACUUCUUUGUUUCCUUCCAAUCACCUUUGCCAUGGGAAAACUGCUACAGCUGGUGGGAUUCCGAUGAAACAUGCCGCAAGACUCCCAAAGGUACCAUGAUAACUUCUGCUGGUGCAAUAGUUUUACACCGUUCAAGAUCGAUUAAUGAGACUGGUGGAAUUGUCUGGCAUCUAGCCCUCUGUCUGUUACUAUCCUGGCUGGUGGUUUUUCUUGUGCUAUGUAAAGGAAUCAAAUUUUCAGGAAAGGUGGCAUAUUUUUUUGUGACAUUCCCUUAUUUGGGCCUAGUUUUACUCCUGAUCCGAGGUGUUACCCUGGAGGGAGCCUCUCAAGGAAUUGAAUUCUACAUUGGAAAACGUUCAGACUUCUCUAAGCUGGCUGAUGCUGAGGUUUGGAAAGAUGCUACAACACAAAUUUUCUAUUCACUGUCGGUGUCCCUGGGGGGCACAACAGCACUGUCAUCAUACAAUAAAUUCCACAACGACUGUUACACAGAUACCAUCAUUGUCGGUUUUCUUAAUUGCCUUACGAGUCUGCUGAUUGGAUUUGUCAUCUUCGCCACCCUUGGACACAUGUCUCUGUCUGUUGAUGUGCCAGUUUCAGAGAUUUCACAUUCAGGUUUAGGAUUGGUUUUCCUAGCAUACCCAGAAGCCCUUCUCCAUCUUCCAAUUUCCCCUCUGUGGUCCGUCAUAUUUUUCGGCAUGAUUAUCACCAUGGGAUUGACCAGUCAAUUUGCAAUUGUAGAAACAAUUAUAACAAGCAUUCAGGAUGAGUUUCCUACAUUUCUACGAAGCAAACGCUUGUAUGUGACAAUUAUCGUUUGUUUGGUCUUGUAUUUACUUGGGCUUGUGCUAGCAACAGAGGUACGAAGUCCUUUAACGGGAUUACUAGUUUUCUUUGUCUAUUAUGGCAGCUAUGUUUUAAAGAACAAGUUACACGAUAUUCUAUCAUUAUGA